CAGUACUGACAUUGGAGAGAAGUGGAGAGACACAGAGAGAGAGAGACCAAGACAGCUGGUAGUGAGAGCGGUGAGCGCUAGUAGCUUCACAGUCCAUCGGACCCAUUAUCCCACACAGACUGGAUCCUCCAGGCCUCAUUGUGGUCUCUACAUGGACUAGACUGACUGGAAAUACUGGGCCAGAUUAGACCUGGGACCAGAUAGACUUUAUUAAUGUUGAACCUGGCUAAAACUCCAACCAGAUCUGGACCGGAUUGAACUGGACCAGAUAGACUUUAUUAAUGUUGAACCUGGCUUUGACUCCAACCAGAUCUGGACCGGAUUGAACUGGACCAACUGUUACUCAGAAGAGGAAGAAAUGGUUCGGGAAUCAAAGAUAAAUAACUGUGAUGUAUACAGAUCUAUGCAUAUGCCGUACUAUGACAAGCUGUAAAAUAAGGGAAUGUGCCAAGCUUUUAUUGGUGGUCAUUGGCAUAAUGUUUAAUUCCCAGAAUAUUUAGAGAGGGUACAAAGAUUUAGUUGCUGUAUCUUUUGGUAGUUCUUAUGUUGCUGUUAAGUUUUGUGAAAGAUGAGAUGAUCACAGUGGGGUCUAGAAUUUCACUCUCACCGCUGUCCUUCUACACACCUUCCUGACUCAGUUGGUCAGUCAUCUGAUUCAUUCAUUGAUUUACUGUUUGAAGACACAUCAUGAACCGAAUACCAAAUGGAUACCGAAGACCUAUCAUUGGCUGUCUGUUUUGAUAUGAAAGCAACUGUUGAGGAAUGACUUGAGUGUUAACUUUGGACUGCUCCUCACUUUUUUCAUGUCUGCCUUGUUUGGGAUAUUUUCUGUUCCAUUAUUUUUGACAUUUCGUAGGGAUUUAUUUUUGCCCAUUCCUGAUUACCAGCUCUGUAUGUUCGAGCAAGCUGACCAUCUUAGCCAAGCAGCAAGUACCUAUGCUAGCUUACUGACUUGUAGAUAACCUUGCAUUGUUCAACUACAGUGACUAUUACUAACCUUGCACCAGUGUGAGUCUCCCAACCUGCACUCCGACCCUCCCCAGCACCAAGCCUUUGUGUGUGGGCUUGCCUUCGGCAGGCUCCCCCUGCCCUCUCCCAGUCAUGGGUUUUCAGAUCCAGGGCAUGGAGCUGUUUGCCAUGGGCGUGGUUUUCGUCAUGUUUGUGGCUGUGCUCAAGGGCUUUGGCAUCCUGGAGCCUAUUUCCUCCUUUGAAGAUGACAGUAGUGACAGUGAUUUGGAGCUGUCCACAGUUCGUCACCAGCCAGAAGGCUUGGACCAGCUGCAGGUUCAGACCAAGUUCACCAAGAAAGAGCUCCAGUCCCUAUACAGGGGCUUCAAGAACGAAUGUCCCAGCGGUUUGGUUGAUGAAGAGACGUUCAAGACCAUCUAUUCUCAGUUCUUUCCCCAAGGAGAUGCCACAACCUAUGCCCAUUUCCUUUUCAAUGCCUUUGAUAUGGAAAGAAAUGGCUCCAUUCGUUUCGAGGACUUUGUGAUUGGUCUUUCUGUUCUUCUGAGAGGGUCAGUUACAGAAAAACUCAACUGGGCCUUCAACUUGUACGACAUAAAUAAGGAUGGUUACAUCACUAAAGAGGAGAUGCUGGCUAUUAUGAAGUCCAUCUAUGACAUGAUGGGCAGAUAUACCUACCCCAGUGUACGGGACGAUGCACCAUCUGAACACGUGGAGAAGUUCUUCCAGAAAAUGGACAGAAAUAGAGAUGGAGUGGUGACUAUUGAGGAGUUCAUUGAGACGUGUCAGAAGGACGAGAACAUAAUGAACUCCAUGCAGCUCUUUGAGAAUGUGCUCUAGAGCCCAGCAGAACGUUCUGUCAUUUUCCCAAUGUUUGAUUGUGUCCUUCUGUCUAUACACAAAAGCCUGUUACCACCCUUUUACACACAUGCUUGCAGGCAUACAAAACACACACACACACAACCUAAAUCCAGUGGAAAUCUACAGAUAUUUGUACAUGUUAAGAAACUAGCAGUGGUCCUUUACUUAUACUUAUAGUCUCAAGGUGCCACUGCUUAUGGGAUAAAAAUAACAAUAGUCUCAACAUGCCACUGCUUCUGGUAUAAAGAGAACACUAGUCUCAACAUGCCACUGCUUCUGGAAUAAAGAGAACACUAGUCUCAACAUGCCACUGCUUCUGGAAUAAAAAGACCGCUAGUUUCAACAUGCCUCUGCUUCUGGAAUAAAGAGAACACUAGUCUCAACCUGCCACUGCAUCUGGACUAAUGAAAACACUAGUCAACCUUCCACUUCUUCUGGACUAAAGAGGACAGUAGCCUCAACCUGCCACUGCAUCUGGACUAAAGAAAACACUAGUCAACCUGCCACUUUGUCUGGACUAAAGAGGACAGUAGAAAACUAAAAAGGAAAGGGUUGAUCUGCUUACAGCUUCUUUGCCUUCCAAAGAAAAUAGAAGAACCAAACUACAUUAACUCUGCUUAUUCUAAAUCCUUCUAGUACGCUGUCUCCUCAUUGGACCAAAAAGACAAAUGGUCAAAAUUAUGGAGACCGAAAGGAAAUAGAGUAAAUAAAUUAAUCACAAUGUUGCUGACCUCCAGAUCGUGACCUUACCACACAAUGGGCGCAAAUCAAUCCGUAUCCCUGAAGAUCAGCUUUAUAGCAAAGAAAAUGAAAGGUCAUGUUCAUACAGUUGCAGAAACUAAACACACUCACAAACACACACAGCAGAGACAACACACAGUCCCACACACCUAGAAGAGACUCACCAGGAAAGGGUAACUGUUGACAAACACACAUUCUUUGACAAGUGUUUCAGUGAAUUUUUGUAGCAUACUGAAGGUCAGACAGAUAGUUAUGACACUGACACCAAACCCCACAUUAACAGUAAACAAAAAACAGACUAUUUGUCCGUCGUGAUGUGUGAUUUGCUUGUACAAAUAAUCAUUCAUAUUGUACAAUAGGCACCAGAAGACAAUGCACUGUAAAUGGGGAUUGCCAUUGUGGACCACUAAAGGAAAUCCUUGUAGCUAUUUAGAUGUGUAUAGACAGUGAUACUGUAUAUAUGAACAUAAAGCCAGGUGUCAUGCUGUCAUCUUUACUGCACUAUGAGUAGACAUUAAGGUUAAGGCCAGAUAAUCUGUGUCCACUAAAAGAACACAAAUUCAGUUAGCAGGAACGUGUUAGUCAUUUCAGUCAGUUAAGAUACCCCUACGGUCAGUGGCUUCUACCUCUAGUUGUUGUGUGCAGGAGGUUGUGUUCUAUCACCAAUGGACCUGCAUGAGAUAUACAGAAGGUCUGGUUUGCUCUGUCACCAACUGACCAGCAUGAUGAAGAUGUACAGUAUGUGUGUGCCACCUUAAUAAUGUGUUUAGUGAUGAGUUGGACGCUAACGUGUUGUAAAGCCACCCUCAAAAGAAUACACAAUAUACAGCUAUGGCUUUAUCUCCCUUCUUAAUCCCUCUUUCGUUUUUAUUUUGUUUGUCUGCAUUUCAAAUGGAACCCUGAUCUCUUUGAAAAGUAGUGCACUAUAAAGGGUAUACUGUGCCAUGGCUCUGGGCAAAAGUAGUGCACUAUAAAGGGUAUACUGUGUCAUGGCUCUGGGCAAAAGUAGUGCACUAUAAAGGGUAUACUGUGUCAUGGCUCUGGGUAAAAGUAGUGCAUUAUAAAGGGUAUACUGUGUCAUGGCUCUGGGCAAAAGUAGUGCACUAUAAAGGGUAUACUGUGCCAUGGCUCUGGGCAAAAGUAGUGCACUAUAAAGGGUAUACUGUGUCAUGGCUCUGGACAAAUGUAGUGCACUAUAAAGGGUAUACUGUGUCAUGGCUCUGGACAAAUGUAGUACACUAUAAAGGGUGUACUGUGUCAUGGCUCUGGACAAAUGUAGUGCACUAUAAAGGGUAUACUGUGUCAUGGCUCUGGGCAAAUUUAGUGCACUAUAAAGGGUAUACUGUGUCAUGGCUCUGGACAAAUGUAGUGCACUAUAAAGGGUAUACUGUGUCAUGGCUCUGGACAAAUGUAGUGCACUAUAAAGGGUAUACUGUGUCAUGGCUCUGGACAAAUGUAGUGCAGUACACGAGAUAAGGUGCGAUUUGGGUGAUCUAUGAUGUCAUUAUCUGAGGUCUGAGCACUAGCUUGUAGUGAUGACAUCACUGUCAUUUCUUAUCCUAUGCCCUGAUAAAAUAUGUUGUUGUUG